AUGCGUCGGAGACGCGAUCCUCCGCUUUCCUGGGGAAAGAUUCAGCCACAAUUUUAUCUAUCUUUUAUUUUCAUAUUGCUAAUUGGUUUCGCUGAGCCGUGUGCUCCGCCUGGUUUCGUGCAAAGCUCUGAUCCGGCUUUCGUGAACGCGCGUUGCUCGGAUCUUAUCCUCUACCCAGUCUCAGCGGUUGAUCAAAGUGAUCAGUACAGAUUUGACUACUCGGAUGUGAGCUUUGGGAACACACACGCGCAAGGAGCGACUGUGGCGAUCACUUGCACAACGGGCGGACAAACAGCCACUGUUGAGGGAUAUGAUCAACAACGUGCUUCAAUCUCGGCGGCUCCUUCCCUCCUCGCCACUUGCACGAAUGUCGGCGGUUCCCAAUACACAUGGACGAUUCUCGGGAGAAUCCUUCAAUUCGUCGAUUGUCGUUUU